CGGGACUCCCGGCUGCGGUCCCUCCUCCGAGCCGUGCCGAGCCGUUCCGUGCCGAGCCGAGCCGCGCUCGCCCCGCCCCGGCGAGCAGUGGCCAUGCGGCGAGCGGAGCUGGCGGCCGAGGCCGCGCUGCGGGCUCUGCUCCUCGCCACCUUCGGGAUCAUGGAGUUCCUGCCGCCCUUCCAGCGCGUGCUGCAGCCCGAGGAGAUGUGGCUCUACAAAAAGCCCUACGUUGAAGCGGACCACGUCCCCACGGUCUUCAUGUUUUUCAUCGCAUUUCUGUCCCCCUUGUUGCUCAUCCUCCUGGCGAGGCUGUUCAUGGGCGCUGACCACGAGGACACGAGGGAAGCCUGCCUUGCUGCCAGCCUUGCUCUUGCCCUGAACGGGGUUUUCACCAACGCCCUGAAGCUCGUUGUGGGGAGGCCACGGCCCGACUUCUUCCACCGCUGCUUCCCGGACGGCCGAGCCAACGCCGAGCUGGUGUGCACGGGGGACGCGCGCAGGGUGACCGAGGGCCGCAAGAGCUUCCCCAGCGGGCAUGCUUCCUUUGCCUUUGCUGGUCUUGCCUUCUCCGCCUUCUACCUGGCAGGGAAGCUGCACAGCUUCGUUCCAGGCCGGGGGGGCCGGGCCCUGCGCUUCUGUGCCUUCCUCCUCCCCCUCUUCCUGGCCACCCUCAUCGGCGUGUCCCGCACCUGCGACUACAAGCACCACUGGGAAGAUGUGUUGGUUGGCUCAGUGAUGGGCUUGGUGCUCGCCUACCUGUGCUACAGGCAGUACUACCCUCCCCUGACAGACACCACGUGCCACAAACCAUCUCUGGCCAAGCCCAAAGCGCUGCCAGCACACGAGGAGAAGCCUCCAGCUCCCGGCUUCCACAUGAACAUUUAGUGCCAGGCUCUGUCCUGCCUCUCCUGGCUGCCAGGGCAGGGUGAGGCUUGGGGGAAGCUGCUCAGGAGGAGUGAGGAUGAACCCCUGGGCAGGUGUUCCCUGCCAAGCUGGUGAGUUUUCUGCCCUGGCCCUUGUGUUGCUUCAUUUCAUUGAAUUUUGUAGGCCACCCUCUCUUCAGGCCCACUGUGAAGCGAGGGAGGCACUCAGGGUGCCAACCUGCACAAAGACAGUUGGGGUGUGAAGGUCCUGAACACAAACUGGGAAAAUGUGACAGCCCAGUGUGCCCAGUCUGGUGGCAGUUCUUGUGUCCAGUCCAGGAAGCACCAUUGGCCACCUCCCUGCAGUCCAGCCGAGCUGUCCCAGCCCUUCUCCUGGGAAAUGAAAUGCAGGACCUACCAACUUUGAGCUUUUCUAAUUUCUCAAAUAAAGGAGUUUAAUUUUUGUAAUGUGCUGUGGUACUAAAACUUUAUUUCAAGGUUUGGGUCGUUGCUUCAUAAGCCAUUUCCUCUGGUGUCUGCAGGGGUUUCUGAUGGGUGCUCUUUCCUUGCAGCUUUAGUAGUUUCAAGGAGAUGACAGCAGAAAAUGAAUUGUUGUCUGGGAGCAUCCCUGCACCUGUGUGACAGCAUCCUGCCCAUGGUCUGUCUCAGACAGGGAAGGGCAGAGUGCUGCUGAGAUCCAGGGCCUGCUGCCUGGCAGGAGCUCUGGGAGCAGCUGUCUGUCACUGGUCCCUUCAAAGAAAGGUUUUAAGUGUGUGUAGGUGCAAAGCAGGGGUGAGGCUGCAGCAGAGCAAGGCAGGUGAGUCAGUAAUGAAACACCACCCCAGCAGCUGCAGUGUGCACCCUCC